CACGUUCUCUGGGAUCAUAUUGGAAAACAGACCGAAAGACAGCCCGCAGAUGCUACAGCGUUUCCCUGGCGAAAGGGAGAGUAUGUGCUUUCGCUGAAGACCAGCUGGACCGACGAAACAAAGGAAAAGGAAAUGAUCGAACACGUGCAAACUCUCCGAGACAAGCUCAAGGGAUUUGCCAUCGACAAAAAAGCGGCCUAUGUCAAUUUCAUCGAUAACACAUUGGGCAACUGGUGGGAAGCAUAUUACGGCGCAAAUUAUCCCAGACUCCGAACGCUGAAGCAGACGUACGAUCCCAAUAAUUCCUUCGAGUUUCACCAGAGUAUUCGAGGACCAUCGCAGGAGCAUCCAGUUGUACAUGCGAGGCCACCGGGAGAGUAUGCAAUGCCUGGCGUAGCCAACUUGACUGAUACUGAGUCUUUCAACGACGUCUUGGAAAAUAAUGCUCGAACCCGUCAGGCAAGACUCAGCGGCACUCCCCAAGAGCCAGUUGACCGGAGAGGAUAUGGGGAGCUUCAGGGUAGAGAUGGUGAGGGUGGUUUUGCACGGUCUUCCAGACGACGCAUAUUAGAUCUGUAGGUCGUCGAAGGAUUGCCGAAUGCAUAAUCUUGGAUGGAUUAUUUCUACCGGAUUUGGCUUCGAUAGCCUAAUGCAACUGUGUUUUCCUUUUUUCUCCAACGAGCAGCUCUUUGUGAUGGUACCGUGCAUUGUCUCGUCUCC